UCUAGACGUCGCACUACAAGGCUAUGCUGGUCACGCGCUCCCUGUUGCUAAGCAACCGCCUUCCAAACUUUAGCUAGCUUGCGUUUAUAAGGCAAGAGGAGCGAGAGAAUGAGCGUCGGUCGGACUGUUGAGGGCGCGGGGUGUGUGACCUGGUGGGGAUUCGGACCGGCUCGAGACCUCCUGACCUCAGACACACACGGUGUAAGACCACAUGGAGAGCUGAAUAUUCUGCUGGUGGGCAGUGCAGAUCCCAGACACAUCCUCAAGACCAUCACUGGACUGAUGGACACAGACACGCUACAUGUUUGGGUGAUUGAGAACAGCAUGGAGGUGGUUGCCAGACAGCUAUUACUACUUUAUUUAUCACUCUUGACCCCUGAGAACAUGAGUUUACACAAAAAGACAGAGGUGUUUCUGGAGGUGUUCGGAAACUCUGAGAUUCGUAAAGAGACAGAAGAGACGUUAAAACACGCUGUGGCUCAGCUCUCUCUGUCCAUCACAAACACUCUGUCCUCUGACUCGCACACUCAUCCUUGCCUUGAUACAAGUCUUCUGAAGUUUAAGGAGAGAGAUGAGUUGGUCCGGAUCUUUAAACUGUGGGAACGGCCGCCGUCAGUGCCAGAGAGUGUACGUAAGGUCUGGGACGCCCGAGUUCGGCAGCACCUGGGGACUCGCUAUGACUCACGACACGGCUGUUUCGACUGGGAUCUCACUAUGAAACUGCACCAAAGCGGCUGUGGUGUCAUUAGCAAACAUCAGUAUGUGAAAUGGAGGGAAAGCGGUGUGGCUUUUGAGAUGAGGGAGGGGCUCUACCAAACAGCCAAUCAGAGUCUGCUCUCCACGCGAGUGUUCAAUCAUAGAGGAGAUCAGGUUGCUGUUAGAGGAUAUUGGGGUGACAUCGUCUCCAGUCCAUAUCUAUCCUUUGGCAUAGAGACAGAAAACAAAAACCUGCUGAAGAAACAGAACAACCAAUAUAUGAAGAUGGCUCAGGAUAUUUCAGAAGUGAACGUCCUGGCAUUGUUUGAAUGUCUUUCCACUAGAGGGAGCUCUUUACUGAACAAAGAUGAACCAAACCAAUUAAGUUCCUGGUGUAAACCCACAGACGGUAUCAUAGAAGAGGAGACGAUACAGAAUGAUGCACCUGCUUGUCAAACUGACAUUGAUCCUGAGCAACAUCCAGCAGAACAACAGACACAAGCGCUUGAUUUGUUGACCUUGAGUGGAGUGAAAGUGUCAUUUCUGUCUCCAGACUUGCUCAGCAAGCUUCCUUUCAAAAAUAAAUACAGGAGCUUGUUUAACACCAUCUUCUGUUCAGCCAGUAUGGUCCAUCAGCUGGAUUCUUCUCUGAGAGAGAUCACAGCGCCUGAUGCUGCUCUGGUAAUAGAGUUAGCAAACUUCCUGCUAGACCUUUCAAAAGAGCAAGUGUCAGGUUUUGCUGACAGAGUGAAGGAGAUCGCUGAAGAAUCAGGAUUCACAGCAACACACAACCAGAGCAGUGACGUAUAUGCAAUAUUCACACGGAAACAAGACUGAAGGACAUUUUCAGAUACACGCUUUAAAAAUGUACUUUGCACUACAUCAGCCAUACGCAUUUGAUGAAUUACAACAUUAUGUGUAUGUAAACUCAUACAAGAUGUCUGCACAUUUCAGCACAAAGUAUUAAAAACUUAAAAUGUAAAAACAAAAAAACUAAAAAGGAUAAACAUCCUUACGGUAGCUGUAGUUCCCUCAUAUUCUGUAAAGGUAGGUGGUUUAUGUUUUAGCAAAAAGCUGAAAUCACUAAUACUACAGCAACUUUAUUCUGGAUUUAACUGAAAUUGAAAACGAUUCCAAAUGACUCCAACAUGACAAUUUAAAUUUGUAAUCACACUUGAUCAGUAAACAUGUUACAACUUAAUUGCAUAUCCUGGCAGUUCUUCUCUGUUGGUUCAUGCCUCCUUUGUGCUCUGUCUUCUGGCCUCCUUGGUGUUUGUGUCCUACUUCCUGCAGUUGAUUCUGAUGGUCUUUCUCUUUCUUGUGCCUGUGAUUGUACCGCUGGGGAGGAUCGUACUUGCUCUAUGGCAAGUAAUCUACCUAACUGUGUCCUUUCCAGAAUUAUUCGGAUUAUUGCAUUUGGUGAUAUUCUUUCUCUUUACAGAACCCGUGAUGACGUAUCUGGGGAUGUUAACUGUUGCUCAGUGGCAGUACUCUCUUUUCUUGUUUGUCUUAUGUUUUGAUCACUGCUCUUUCUUUCCACUGCAAUAUUGGCACACAAACAAAAAAGCAAAACAUGGACUGCAAUAUCUGCCGUAAGUCACAUUUGCCCAAAACUAUAAUAAAACAAGCAAACUGAUUUUAUUUUCUAAUGCAAGGAACUACUUGACUUUACUGGGGAUAAGACUAUAGAUGUAUAUAUUAACACACAAUACAAUACAGACAAACAUUUCUGCAUUUUCAGAUUUUUAUUAAGACAUUAAGUAUGUUUUUUUAAAACAGUUUUCCUCAUGGGGAACACUGGCUCCCUGCUCAUCAUAUAGUUAAAACCUGAACACACACACAAAUAGUAUUUAAAGUGAU